GUACCCGGAAUGGCCGCAAUUCUGCACAGGUAAUAACCCAUAACUUCCGAGAAGUCUAAAAGUCCAGCAUUAUUUUACCACCACCGCUACGUCCUGUUCAUUUCCAACCAUCAUGCGGUGCGUUCUACAACUUCUCUGCCUUUGGCUUUGUUCCGCCGCAUCGGUAGCGUUUUCGAGGAAACCGGUGGAAGUCAACGUUGUCCCAACAGAAGGCAAUGCGAUUAUUGAAGAAAUUACUACAAAAAAUGCCACAAGGACAACAACUGUGACCACUGGACAUUCGCACUACGUCGAGUGUCCUGCAGAGUAUGAUGGCUACUGUCUGCACGGUGGGACCUGUUUCUACCUGCCGGACCACCCGGACCCUCAUCAGCGGCCGCUCUGUCGCUGCACCCCUGACUACGUGGGAAACCGUUGCCAGAACGGCAAUAUCCACCUCCGACGGGGCAUGGUGGCAGGUCGGAGUUCAACGGCUAACAACACUGUCAUCAUCGCUGCCGUGUCCUCCAGUGUACUGUCUGUGCUGGUUUUGCUGGGGGCUGCUUACCUGGGCUGGAGGCUGUACCGUCGUAGAGCUGUCUACAACAUUCGGACACCUGGUGAGUCUGGUGACAAAACCGAAUACGGGAGCACAGCGGCUCUGAACUGAUGACGCACAGCGAGCUACUAUUGGCGAGGAGAACUGACAUGUCUGAUGGCAUCGACAACAACUGGGCCAUAUUCGUACAAUAAAGCCUGACUGUGUGGAUAUGUGUGUGGUUUACCUGGGCAGGUUCCAUGUUGUUUUAAAAUUACUUAUAGUAAGAUGUGUAAAUAAAAGAACAUGAACGGUGUUAUAAGUCAUUGUAGAUUUUAUUCAAAAAUAUUACGUCAUAGCGACGUAUCAUGUGUCAGUAGAGAGUACAUUUAUGUUGAUUUAUAACUUUCAAAUAUAUACAGAUCAAUUAUCCGCCA